UGACUCUCGUUUGGAAAUCACUAAGAAACGCUGGUUUGUUUAUGGAUCCAAUAACGGGCGGAGUACACUGGCUAGCCAAUGUCGCAGCAGCUAUUUUCUUUGUCGCUACCAGUUUGCAAGUUGUUGAAUUGAUUCUUGCUAAAGACGAUCCUAAACACCUAUUCGAAUGCUUCAGCGUUCUCUCAUUUUGUAGUAUGGGCAUUAUUAAAUUAAUCUCAUUACGAUGUGACGGUAAACAAUGGCAAAACCUACUCAAAGAAGCAGCGCAACUAGAAAUAGACGAAUUAAAAGAAGAAAGGAACCCAUCAACCGUCGAAUACGAAUCUGAUGAUGAAAAUGAUUUUGCUAUAUCAAAAUAUACUAGUCGUUAUAACAAAUCUUUUAAUUUUACAUUUACAUUGUUAUCGAGGAUUUACAGUUUUACAGCUGUAAUAUAUAUUGUGUCUCCUUUUAUUCAAUACACACUGUGGCAAAUGAAGGGACAGAAUAGUGUCGAGUACCCACAUAUUCUACCGGUAUGGGCUCCAUUCGCUGAUAUGAAUAUGUUUUGGUACAUAUUAAGCAUUGGUCUAGAGACUGUGGCUGCGAUUUAUUGUGUAUGUGUACACAUCGCCUUUGACCUUACUAUAGUUGGUUUGAUGAUAUUUAUACACGGCCAGUUCUCUCUGUUGCACGCCAAGAGCGAACAAAUAGCCGGCAGCGGCAAAGCUUGUACUUUGAGGAGAGCAAGAGACGAACGAGCACAUAUGAGGAUAAAAAAUUGUCAUCGUUUUCAUAUAGUACUUGUUAACUUAUUAAAACAACUUAAUCAGUUGACAAAGAAUAUUUUGGGCUUUUAUUUCUGGUUGGCGACAGUCACAUUGUGUUCCGUCGCGGUGCAACUUAAAUCUGAUUUGAGCACCACACAAUUAAUAUCCUUACUACAAUAUAUGGGAGCUACACUCACACAACUUUUCCUUUAUUGUAAUUACGGCGACGAGGUUCUAAAUAUGAGCUCAGCUGGAACGGGCAGGGGUCCUGCGGGUUCCGCGUGGUGGUGCCUUAGCCCCCGCGUGCGCAAAGAGCUGCUUCUCCUCAUGAUGGGUAUGUCGCGUUGCUAUCAGCUACAUGCCGGGCCGUUCUGUUCACUGAACUUACCGUCUUUUAUACAGAUUGUCCGCACAGCAUAUAGCUAUUACGCAGUGCUCCGGCAAAAGUCUACAUAAAAAUAGAAGUUAUCACAAUCUGCACUAGACAAUUUUAGUUCUGAAAACAUUUAUUCACGAAAAAUAAAAAGCGACAGACAAAAAAGAUUCGCUAGGGUAUUCUAAUAUACAGAGAACUGUAUCCAUGUCCACUAUGCUGUUAAUGCACCUUUAAAUGUCACUGUCAGAUUAUGAACUUGGAUCAUUUAAUAACCCUACUAGUCAUUUAAAAAAAAUGUGACCUGAUCAAUG